AUGACUGACCAUAACCCUCCGAUGGAGAACCUGCUCAACCUAGAUGAAAUUGAAGAUGUCGCCACCAGAAACGUGAGCAAAAAGGCGUGGGCAUAUUAUUAUUCCGCAUCCGACGACAAGAUCAGCAAGCGCCUCAACUCAGAGGCCUUCCGCUCUAUUCAACUGAGACCAAGGACAUUCAUAGAUUGCACAGAAUGUAAUCUGAACACUGAGCUGUUAAGCAACAAGGUGUCUAUCCCAAUUUAUGUAUCCCCGGCAGCCAUGGCCCGCCUAGGGCAUCCCUCAGGCGAAGCUGGUAUCGCAGAGGCCUGUCGCAGCUUUGGGGCGAUGCAAAUUAUUUCGAACAAUGCUUCUAUGGCCCCGGAGCAGAUUGUUGCAAAUGCGGCCCCGGAUCAAGUAUUCGGGUGGCAGCUGUAUGUGCAAGAUGACCGAAGCAAGAGUGAACGGAUGCUAGCUCGAAUCAAUAAGCUCAGUGCAAUCAAGUUUGUUGCACUGACGCUUGAUUCUCCGGUUACCGGGAAAAGAGAAGACGACGAGCGCAGUGGCAAUAUCCUCAACACUAUGGUGGAAUCAAGCUCGACGGAAGCUGUGUACCAAGUAGUUGAUGGAAAUGAUUCUUCUCGGCCCACUAAGCCAACGGAAGAUCAAACCUUUACGGGCCUAGAUCCUACUCUCACGUGGAAAGAGACUUUGUCAUGGCUGGAGAGGCACACCGCAUUGCCAGUCGUUCUCAAGGGGGUUCAGACCCACGAAGAUGCUUAUAUUGCCACAUCAUAUGCGCCUCAAGUAAAGGGGAUCAUUCUUUCAAACCACGGCGGUCGAUCACUUGAUACAGCCCCUCCCGCUGUGCACACCCUGCUUGAGAUUCGAAAGUACUGCCCCGAAGUAUUUGACAAGCUUGAUGUCUGGGUCGAUGGCGGUAUCAAGCGGGGGACUGAUGUUGUUAAAGCGAUUUGCCUAGGCGCAAGAGGUGUCGGCAUUGGAAGAGCCGCACUUUGGGGAUUAGGAGCUGGAGGCGUAGAAGGUGUAAAGAGGACGCUACAGAUUCUCACGGAUGAGACCAAGACAUGCAUGCGACUACUUGGCGUACAGAAUGUCAAUGCGCUUGGAAGGCAACAUAUCAAUACUCGGUUGGUGGAACAACAAAUUUACAAUGGGCCAUCUGGUCUCGAGGCCUGUCAGAACAAGCUCCGGUCAACAACAUCGCGGUUAUAG